UUUUUUUUGACAGGAAUGCGAGAAAAAGUAAAGCAGAGUGACUUCUUCAUUCUGAGUGUCUACUUGGAAAACUUAAGAGGAAUCAUUUUGACCUUUGUCAGAAUUAAGAUGUUCUCGAGCAACGAUGAAGCUGUGAUAAACAAAAAACUCCCAAAGGAACUGCUUCUCCGAAUAUUCUCAUUUCUGGAUGUGGUCACCUUGUGUCGCUGUGCUCAGGUUUCCAGGUACUGGAACGUCCUGGCACUGGAUGGUAGUAACUGGCAAAGAAUCGAUCUGUUUGACUUCCAAAGAGAUAUAGAGGGCCGAGUGGUAGAGAAUAUUUCCAAAAGAUGUGGUGGGUUUUUACGGAAGCUUAGUCUGCGAGGAUGUCUUGGAGUGGGUGACAACUCUUUAAGGACAUUUGCUCAGAAUUGCAGGAAUAUUGAACAGUUAAACCUGAAUGGAUGCACAAAAAUCACAGAUGCAACCUGUACUAGUCUAAGUAAAUUCUGCUCCAAGCUAAGAAGUCUCGACCUAGCUUCAUGCACAUCUAUAACAAACCUUUCUUUGAAAGCUCUGAGUGAGGGAUGUCCACUUCUAGAACAGCUGAAUAUAUCCUGGUGUGACCAGGUGACGAAGGAUGGGAUACAGGCACUAGUGAGAGGCUGCGGUGGAUUGAAGGCUCUGUUUCUUAAAGGAUGUACACAGCUAGAAGAUGAAGCUCUGAAAUACAUUGGUGCUCACUGUCCUGAGUUGGUCACGCUGAACCUCCAGACUUGCUCACAAAUCACAGAUGAGGGACUGAUUACAAUUUGCAGAGGAUGUCAUAAACUACAAUCACUGUGUGUCUCUGGUUGCAGUAACAUCACUGAUGCUAUUUUGAAUGCACUGGGACAGAAUUGCAUUCGACUUAGGAUAUUAGAAAUUGCUAGAUGUUCACAGUUAACAGAUGUGGGCUUUACGACAUUAGCUCGGAAUUGCCACGAACUUGAGAAGAUGGAUCUGGAAGAGUGUGUUCAGAUUACAGACAAUACUUUAAUUCAGCUUUCCAUCUACUGCCCACGGCUUCAAGUAUUGAGUUUAUCGCACUGUGAAUUGAUCACUGACGACGGAAUUCGCCAUCUUGGGAAUGGGGCCUGUGCUCACGAUCGAUUAGAAGUGAUUGAAUUAGAUAACUGCCCACUGAUCACUGAUGCAUCACUCGAACAUCUAAAGAACUGUCAUAGUCUGGAGAGAAUAGAGCUAUAUGACUGUCAACAAAUAACCCGUGCUGGGAUCAAGAGACUUCGGACGCACCUACCAAACAUCAAAGUCCAUGCUUACUUCGCCCCAGUGACCCCUCCUGCAUCAGUGAGUGGUGGUCGCCAGCGUUUCUGCAAGUGCUGCAUCAUUCUAUGACACCGACUUUACUUUUUACAAAUCUAUUUAAAUAGCGUUAGAAUGGAGACGAUUGAAUGCAUCAUCAGUGGUGAUCCUGGUGGACUGUGGUACUGUACAGAAAGGGCUGUCCAAUCACUGUGGCUACGACUGAUCACAUGAUUACCAGGCAGUGUGGGUGAUUCCCAUAUUAGUGAGUGCAGCCAUAUACUAGUUCUGUCACUGUAUGAUUCUAUUCAGAGAUUUCCCAAGAAUAUGGAUAAUUUAUUUUUUUUUAAAUCAAUGUCUGAUUAAAAAAGAAAUUGGUUUUCAUGUAUUGUGGUGGGGAAAAAUCUUUUAACCUGUUUCUGAAUGAUAUAACUCAAGUUGGCAACACGAGAAUGCUGUGUGGCAUAACCAAGUUUUAAACUGUGUACUAACCCUUUUGCUCACUCAUGUCACUUUGCAUUGUAAAUGGGGAGAAUUGCACAAUUGAAUCCUUGGCUCUGAAAUUCUGUACUGAGUUUAUUGCCGGUCCUGCUAUUACAUCUGAGGAAGGAAGGAUGCCACUUACAGAAGUGCAACUCUUACAGAUUUCUUUAGUUCCUGCACAACAUAGCUCCUUUAAUAUUCUGAACUUUAUAUUUAAAAAAAAAGGUUAUUUCCUUGACUCUCCCCACCUGACCAUGUUGAAAACUUCCUUGGUGCAUGGCAGUUUUAUGUACCACAAUCAAGCAGCUAUCAUAAAAAAUGAGAAUCUUGACUGGUAGGUUUGGUGGGCUGUUUGAAUAUACUUGUGCUGGUAGCAGAUGGAUUCAGUUCAGGCACAAGUCUGUUUUCGAUUUGAAAUGUGGCCUGGGCCUUUGGUAGAAAUGCAAAUCAGGAACCUGAGUUGAAAUUGUUUCAGUGACCACGGCCAAGAAAACGAUUAUAUUUUAUUCAUCCCCUGACUGAAACCAGCAAAUUCAACACAGAAGAGAGGUUAAAAACUUGUAUGACUCAGCUGCUAGCUAAAUGGUUCUCUUUAUUUCUGAGUAUUAAAAAAAGGACAACCUGUUCUGUAAUUUGAAGAAUGUGGAACAAAUGUUGUAGCAAUUAUCUGGUAAAUUCUAUUUGUCUUGUACUGUAUUACUCCACAUUGACACUCCCAAGCUUAUGGUUGCUGUCUCAUAGAACAGUACAGCACGGUACAUGCCCUUCGGCCCUUGAUGUGUCACACCAACACGUGUAAGUUGUUUUUCCAUAUUCAUGGGAUUCAAAACUUGCAUUAAAGCAUAUCUCAUGAUGUUGGGCUGCAAUUAAAUAAACUGCAACUUCUUAACAUCUUCAUUGGACAGUGUAAUUUUAAAGUUUUUCACUUUUAUUUGAGGGAAGUGAAGGCAUGCAUCGUAUUUUGCAUUUUUAGUGAGCAUGUUGGAGCAUGUUUGAAACAAGAUCAGUUACACAUUCCUGAGCCAUUGGUUGGGAUUAUAAUGAUCCAAAUUCCAGGAUAUAUGUAUCUACUGAAAUGAUUAUUUUAUUUACGCUUUCUACAGGUGCUCCCUGUGCAAUUCAUUUUUAAAAGGUGGUUUUGAAGGGACUGGGAUUGAUUUCCAUCUCACAUUUCAUGGUCUUUUCUGUUCACUGGAGAAGCUUGCUGAUGAAGCAGUACUAAGAUAAAGGAGAAAUAUGAAAAUAGCUCCAUCUUUAUUUCAAAGCCCAGCCCUUAGCACGUCCCACAUCCUUGAGUAAGUUGUAUCACCUGUAAUUGAUACUUUCGGGCUGCCUUUACAAUGGAGGAAGUAGGACGUACAUACGGCGAGAUUUUGGAGAAAUAAAGACUGGAGCUGUUGCUGUAUUGUGGCUUGUCUCUGUACUGUUUUAAGUUUGUACAGUGGUGAACAGAAGGCUGUGGAACGUGAUAAAAACAAAUUGCUGGAGAAGCUUAGCAGAUCUAUGGAGACAAGUCAGAGUUAACAUUUUGAGCCCAGUGACCAUUUUUAUUUUCAGAGCAUUAGCUGGACAACCAGCCCAGUCCCUCAAAAUAUGGCCUUUACAAAUCAAUUGUACAGGGAACAUCUAUUAACAGUGUAAAUAACAAUCAUUGCAGGAGGUAUAUAUAUCCUGGCAUUUAUACUAUUACUACCCUAACUGAUGGUAGUACUGAACAAUUUAAAUCCUAAGUCAAUCCUGGCUUGGUAGACUAAGAUUUAUUUAUUACUUUUUGUUUGCUAUGGUAAUCAGUCAUUAAACAUAUUAGCAAGAUGCUGCCAGUGUAUGUUCAACAAAAGAACAGAACAGUUUAUUACUCAAAAGAGAACCCUAUGACAUGAGAAACAACUACAGUAACAAUCUCAUUGAAAAGAAACAUUCAUCCCAUUCAUCCAAGCAAUACACUUAACAGAUUCUUGAAUAUCAGCAAAGGUUCACCUGCAUAAAGAUUCUUGCUCAGCUGGUGUGGCUAUAGUCGCUUUCCUUUCAAAUAUUCUAUGCAUCGCUAGAAGUGCUUUUCCUAAACCUCAUGUCUUCAGUAGCGUUUAGGAUGUCUUCCUACUGACUGCGCCCCCUGCCCCCAACCAAAACUUUCUCCUUUUGGAGCUUUCUUCUCACUGUCUUCUUUUGAGCCCUGACUGAUUGUUAAUUACAGCAUCUCUGCAGUUAGGGCACACUUCCCCCUCAAAUCAAUCUGCUUCUCUUCUGUUCUCCAUCAUCUCAAUUGUCCCCUUACCACCUCUAUUAUACUCUUUCCCCAGGUGACUUGCUAGUCAUUCAGCCGAAAUCAUGAUGACUUCAAAGGGCUGAAUGAACUCAGUGUUCAAAGUACAUUUUGACCUAUUCAAAAAAAGAUCAGAUUAGAUCUUCACAGAACUGAAAACUAAAAUUAGUGUUCCUUCACUUUAGACCCCAUUUCAACAGUAUGGAAGUUAAAAACAAUGGUAAGAUGGUAGUUAAGGAUUUGUGCAUUAAGUUUAUUUAUUUCCCUCUUUGCUAUUUAUAUAUUUUGAGCACCAUGCAUUUUACCAAAUAACUAAUAAGGUUUAUUUUUCUUCUGGGUCACACCUAUUUUUAACAUAGAUUUAUUUUUGGGUGCUCACGAUUGGUGGCUGUAACUUUUGGUGAGAAGUCAAUUUUUACACGUUUACACUUAAACCUAUGAUUAGGGUUCACACUUGGCUUUUCCACUAGAGUUACGACCACAUUCAAGAGCGAGCCAAUUUCUUAAUAGAGCACAUUUUGCUGAGUUUGUACUGGCUGUGGCUUGCUUCUCUGCAUGACCUUGGUUUCUGGUGGUUUUGACUUGGUUUGAAUUCACUCGCAGUUUCACUGCGCAACUGUAUUUCUUUUGAGACUGCUGAAACCGUCGGUUUUUGUAUUUUUGUUGUUCUAGAUAUUGCCUAAUGGGAAUGUCUUUGUACUGAGAGUCCUUCUUAAGCAACAGCUGCUUGUAUUUACAGCUGACUUGCAUGCCAUAUUCGUAAUAUGCCACGAGGAUGUAUUUGAAAUGUCAGUACAGGAUGUCCUGCACUAACUUAGGUAUCAGUGCUGCGCCAUCCAGUUAAUUCACCACCCCUACUAUAAGGGUAACCUCAAGAGGUUUUUGUUGAUGACAUGUAGCUAAUUAAGAGAAGUGUGGCUGCAUCUCCUUCCAGUGUAAGUCGGAGUACUUCUGAUUUGUUGCUUGUUGGAAUCAGGAUAUGUGGGCACAAUGCAAGGUUUAAUUCUCAGACAUACAAAUUUAUGCUUGGCCCUUCAGUUCAGUAUUUUUAGUUUAAAACCUGAUCUUGUGAUCAGUGUCCCUGUAGGUUGUCUGUCUACAUCAGUGCAUUGAUAUUUCACACUAUUGAAUGCUCUAUGUAGAUUAUUCUUGCUGUUUAGUCAUCUUGGUGGCACUCCUACCUGCUGCCAUUGACAUCUAAAGCGGUUGACAAGGCUACCAAUGUCUUCUGCUUUGGUAAUAUCUGGAACAAAUACUUGGCAAAUUGAUAUAAUUUGAUUGGUCAACAGCCUUUGUCACAUACUUAAGAUCAGUUUUGUUAGAUACUUCCUACUUUUUUUUUUGACAUAAUAUUUAGCAUUGCAUGUAUGGUUUUACUGUUCACUACUCUUCUGGAUGCCCUACCACCUGUACAGAUCUCCCAGAGGUUAGAGUAGAGGGAUGGUAUGGUGAAACUGGUUCAAGAGACUGACGUGACUUACUUUUAUGCUUUUAUAAAGUGUGCUUCUAAGAUUCUUGCAGAAUCUCAAUCUAGUCCAUUUUAACUUCCAUUAAAAAUAAAUGGUCUUCAAAACAUGCCCAAGCAGGAACAGGGAAGGGUAUUUGAUUUGUUUUUCUGGAUGGAUACAUUUGAGCUAAUUGGUGGCUUUUCCCUCCAUUUUACUGAAAUAGCAACAUAAUGGUAAAACUGCUUGGGGAUGAUUGGAGGGCCAGCUAUUCCACUUGCAAUUUUGGCUUGUGCCAGGUGGGUACAUGUGGCAUUUGCUGACUCCUAGUUGGCUUAUCAUUAAAAGUAUUGUGGCCCAAGAAUUCAAGAGCACUGGCUAGUACUCAAGCAGGUUAUUGCUCUGUUGUGACAUUGGGGAAGAUAGAGAACUUCCACAGAAGCACUCUGAUGAGUCAACUUUUUGAGCAAUAGGCCAAGACCUCUAUGUAGAUCUAGCAGGCAGCAGUCACUUCUUUGAAAGAUAGGUGCCGCAAAGAUUGACCUUGGCCAUCACCUGCUGCAGUAAAAGCCCCACCUCAUGAAUAUUUAGUCUCAUUGAGCUUGGCUAGAAAUUGUAAACUUACUUAUGAUGAAAUAUGGCUGACGAAUACAGGAAUGGAUAUUGCUGAGUAUCAGGCGAUGGGUGGGGUCGCUAAUGUAACACAAUAUGGAUGAAUUCAAAAAUGAAAUAAACAGCAACAAAAUCUUUGAACGCCAGGAAUUUGAAACAGUGCUGUCACUGCGAUUGGGACUGAGUUCUCACUCCUCGUUAGUUCCACUGUAUCAGCAUUGUGUUGAUGUGGAACCUGUGGUGCUAUUCUGAACAUGUGCAAGAUUUUCAAAAGCAUGUGAAUGGAAGAUAUGUCGCAUCAGUACAGUCCACCAGCCCCAUGGUGUGCAAUUUUGAAUACAAAUGAAUAAUGUACCUUCAUUGGGGUUUAUUUAGUGAUAAUUCAUCUAUUUUAAUAGAACAAUGUCAGAGUCUCCUGUGGCCUGGUGAGAGUAUGAUAUAUUUAGAAUUUUAAACUUGAAGGUACUGGAAGCUCUUUUAUUAGAAAUAGCUGACUAGAGUGAGUUAACAAAGAAAGUUGAAGAAUAAUGUGGAAGUGUUGACUAAUAAAAACCCAAUCACUCAGGCCGCUUCAUUUCACCUAAUUGAUUUUUUUAAAAAAAAUCAUUCUAGAAAGAAGAUUUGGGGUGAAGUAACACAGCAGUCAAAUGGAGGAUGUAGUAUUAUUAAAUGGCUUUUCUACACCUCUUAGUUCAAAUAAGUGGAUGAUCUCAUCAGAUGAAGCUGCUUUGCAAAAUUGCUGUGAACACUGAGAUGCAUUCCAUGUAAAACAUGAGAUUAUAGCUUCAAAACAAAAAUCAGUCCAGAUCAGUGUUAGUUUCACAAUUCUCUGAAGAUUGUUAUUGGAGCACAAAAUAUGGAAAUGUUGCUGACUCUUUUUUGCUGAGUGCUUGCCUAAUCUUGUAAAGGCAUGGUAUUAAGUUAAAUAUUCAGCAAAUUGAUCUGUGAUUUGCCUGAGCUGUUGCAUUCUGGAGAGUAAAUAUUUUCUUAAGCUCUGAAUUUGCACAAAGCCGAGCCAUGAAUGCUGAGUUCACUUGGUAAUCCUGGUCAUUAACUCAGUUGACCAUAUGUUUAUCUUCAGUUGUCCAGCCAAAGUUGAAUCUAGUUAAGGGAUGGAUCAGUGACCCUUGGCUUUUGCUGUUAUAGCUGCAAAGCUUUACUGUGCCACUUGGUGCUUCCUUUUUAAACUGAACAAUAGAAUGACCAGAUAUAUUGGAAAUUGAGACAAAUUUGACAAUGGAGUAUUGUGUAAACAUUAAGGUUGGACUUUUCUUACUGGAAAGGUGCCAGUAAGUGCUGUAAGGAGAUGACCUUCCUUGCAAUGUGACCUUACAGAAAAGUGAAUAAUUUAUUUCCAUUUUUAAAGUGACAGUAUCCACUUUCUAUGCUAGCUUGACACCAGAGCUGUGGUGGUGGUGUUUGAAAUCCAGCGUGAUCACUGCAGCCAUGCACGUGCAACUCAUUAGGAUAUUUUUCGAUCUUAAAUGGAAAAUGUUUUAAUGUUCUGCAUUCUUCGAGCUUUAGUGUACUUGUUGAGGGAAAUGAAGUGAACAAAGUGAUGACAAAACAUUGACUAUUUUGAGUUGGGAAUUAAAAUUGGAUUCAAAUGGAAAAAAUGCCAUGAAAUGUUGAUUGGAACCAUCAGCUAAAGCUUUGAACUUCCUCCCGUGAAACAGCACUUCAGCCUGUAAUUGGAAAGUAUGAUUCCCACCUAUAUUCUGAUGCUUGAAGCUUCCAAGUUCCAUUAGUUUCUCUGGAAUAAAGUCUAGCUUGUUCCCCCAAUCCUUCCAUUCUCUCCGUGGGGAAAGAAAACUUAGCAGCAUAAAUGAAACUAUUAAGUCCAGUGUCAACCGGAUGGUCAACUGGAGCUACAUUUGGAAUCCAUGUUAUGGGCCAGGUGAGUGAAGAGUCCAGUAAGGGAAUUUGAAUGCCUUGCAAUAACUGAACUUUAGGACAAGUGUUAAAAGAAUAGACUAAGGCUCAUCAUAACAACCUGUAGAGAGUUGUGUGUUUAAACAGUCGCUUGUUCAAAGAAGCUGCAACCCAAAUGUGAGUCGUCUUCAAGUGAGGAAAGGAAGAGGACAGAACUGAAGUCAGACGUAAGAUGAUAUUAUGUAAACCUUUUUGUGUUCACCUAAGCAUGCUAUGGUUCACUGCUGAUACAAGCUUAACUUCAGAGAUAAAUAGAGGACCUUGCUGCAAUGAGAACAUUUAAUGUGAUGUAGAGAGUGGGUGAAAGGGUUAACGUGAUCAGGAGAAAAAGCUUUUUAAAGCUACAACAUAAUCUAAGGAGUUGAAACGUUGUUUUACCAUUGUCUGAUGAAACAAUGCAGUUCAUUUAUGCAAGGUAAAGGCUACUUGAAGAAAAAUCAUUUUAAGUAUGUCCAUAUUUUGUAAAAAGAAAAAAAAAACACUUAAAAAUUCAUUAGCGUGAUGUGUGGCCUUAAUCAUCAAGGUUAUUCUCUUUAUAAAUUAUGUGAGAGAUUGAAGACUUCUUAGUUAUUGAGGAUGUGACAUUUGACAGACACUCUAGUCAAUGUGCCACUGCCUGUGGAAGGGAUGAUACACUUUAAUAACAGGGAGUGGUUGGAGUGCAAAUAUGUAGAACUAUUUUUGUGGGGUUUUUUACAUUUUUUUUCCAUCUUGAAAUGAGAAUGAAAUGAGUUUCAAAACAAACCUGGUCUAGAGCCAGUUUACAGUGAGGCCUGUAUGGUUGCCUGGCAUAAUGUCAGGAAUUGUUCCCUGUGCCUAAACUGAUGUAUGAUAAAUUUUUUUUCCUUCCGUGUGGUUCCUAUGUACAUCACGUCUGGUGGGACUAUCCAUUGAUUGGAUGCAUAAAUACCUGUGAUUUAAAAGUUUGUUUUUCUUUCUCUCUGACCAUUCCCCUUUGUAAUUUUCUGAAAAUCUGAGUUGAAUCAUUUUUGUCAAUCUUUUAAUGUCUUAACACUUUUUUUUUCUUCAAAUUUUAACCACUGAGUGUGAGUAAAGGCUGUCAGCUGUGUCUCAUUUCUCAAUACUGAGGUGGGUUAGGCAUUGCAUUGCUGCUGAGUGACCAUACAGGCCUUACUAUUGAGAAAUAACCUGAUGAUUUGUGUUUCAGCUUUGAAAGAACAUGUUACAUUUAAAUGUUACGUUUGGUAAAUAGGUUGAAAUCUUGUUCAAUCCCUUAUAUAUAAACCUGUGUUGUACAUAUUGUAUUCCAAUUAUAUUGUAAUCUGUGCUAAUAUUCUCAAACACUGAGUGUUCAUAAUAUAAUGCCAAUGUAUUAAAUAGUGAAGUAUUUCCUUUA